GCGGGGCGGGGCGGAGCGCGGCCCUCCCUUCUUCCUCUGGCGUCGGUUCCGCUCGCAGAGCUCUCGCUGCCACCGCUCCUCGCUGCCGUUCCUGCCCGUCUCCGCUCCGGGCCGCUCGGGCAUUUUCUCUCUGCCUUAAAGUCGGGUGUCUUUUAUGAAUAAUCAAAAGCCGCAGAAGCCGACACUAUCGGGCCAGCGUUUUAAAACCAGAAAAAGAGAUGAAAAAGAGAGGUUUGACCCUACUCAGUUCCAGGACUGUAUUAUUCAAGGUUUAACUGAAACUGGCACUGACUUGGAGGCAGUAGCAAAGUUUCUUGAUGCUUCUGGUGCAAAACUUGAUUAUCGCCGCUAUGCAGAAACACUUUUUGACAUCCUGGUGGCUGGUGGAAUGCUGGCCCCGGGCGGGACCCUGGCAGACGACAUGACACGCACAAACGUCUGUGUGUUUGCAGCACAGGAAGACCUAGAAACCAUGCAAGCAUUUGCUCAGGUUUUUAACAAGCUAAUCAGGCGUUACAAGUACCUGGAGAAAGGCUUUGAAGAUGAAGUCAAAAAGCUGCUGCUGUUCCUGAAAGGGUUCUCAGAAUCUGAGCGGAACAAACUGGCCAUGCUGACGGGUAUUCUGCUUGCCAACGGGACACUCAAUGCAUCAAUUCUCAACAGUCUCUAUAAUGAGAACUUGGUUAAAGAAGGUGUUUCUGCAGCUUUUGCAGUCAAGCUCUUCAAAUCAUGGAUAAAUGAGAAAGAUAUCAAUGCAGUGGCUGUCAGUCUUCGCAAGGUAAACAUGGACAACAGGCUCAUGGAGCUCUUCCCAGCCAACAAACAAAGUGUUGAACACUUCUCUAAGUACUUCACUGAAGCAGGACUAAAGGAACUGUCUGAGUAUGUUCGGAACCAGCAAUCCAUAGGAGCUCGGAAGGAGCUGCAGAAGGAGCUGCAGGAGCAGAUGUCACGGGGAGAUCCAUUCAAGGAUAUCAUCUUGUACGUGAAGGAGGAGAUGAAGAAAAACAACAUCUCAGAACAGACUGUGGUAACCAUAAUCUGGUCAAGUGUAAUGAGCACAGUGGAGUGGAACAAAAAGGAGGAGCUGGUAGCAGAGCAAGCCAUUAAGCAUUUGAAGCAAUACAGCCCUCUACUUGCUGCCUUCACGACCCAAGGUCAGUCAGAGCUGACUCUUCUGUUGAAGAUUCAGGAGUAUUGUUAUGACAACAUUCACUUCAUGAAGGCCUUCCAGAAAAUAGUGGUGCUCUUCUACAAAGCUGAAGUUCUGAGUGAAGAACCCAUCCUCAAGUGGUAUAAAGAUGCCCAUCUUGCAAAAGGAAAGAGUGUUUUUCUGGAGCAGAUGAAGAAGUUUGUUGAAUGGCUCAAGAAUGCUGAAGAAGAGUCGGAGUCUGAAGCUGAAGAGGGUGACUGACCUGUGAAACUCUGGCCUCAGUAAAGCAAACAGGAGCUGUAGAUAAGUGUCAUGUCUCAUGUGUCCUUCUGAUUCUUACAUCCUACCUCCCUGUAUCAAGCAUGAUAUAAGGGCUCUCAUGGCAAUUUAUUUUAACUGUUUUCUAUAGUUAAUGGAAUACUGGAUUUAGUUUUUAAAACCAUGUUCAAGUAGCUUACAGGAGCUGUUAGAUUUGACUCUUAACCUGCAUUUGUCCUUUCAGUUACCUUCUACCUCCUGUAUUUUCUACUGUAAUAAUGUAAUAUAAGGCCUUCCACGGUGAAAUCCAUUUCAUCUGUUGGGAUUUCUGUCUGUAUUGGAGUAGAUGUGAUAUGGUGAAUGAGACUUAGGGCAGUCUGCUUGCAAAUUAAACUAUAAAAAAGCCUCCCAAGGGAAGAGGCCAUGGCUUGUGUGGCACUGCAGUCUGUACCACCAAACAGCCCGUGUCAUAGGUGGUUGUCCCUUUACCAGACUUCCAGCAUAAAGCAAUCCUCUAUUCCAGCUGUGGGGAAGGUGGGAGCCCCUCUGCUGGAGAGAAGCUGUUGUGGCAGGAAUUGGUUACCAUGGUGGGGCAUGAAGAGUGGCAUCACUGAGCCUGCUGGCUGUUAUGGCUGGUGGCCCAUGUUCCUGAGGGACUGUCAGGUGCCCUUGCAGCUCUGGGGAUGCUUUCCUUUUCCCUUUCCCUCAUGGAAGCACAAGCAGUGCUGUUCUGCACAGCGCUGCCCAGCAGCUUUCUCGAGCCAGGCACUGCUGCUGGCAGGCCUGGGGCAGGGGAGCAGCUGCCUUGUGCUGCUCUGUAAAUGUACAGCUGCUGCAACCUCAGGCAGCCUAAACACCACCCCUCCCCCUUUGAGGUUUAGAGAUUCUUUUAUGCUGGCAGCUCACAUGCUAAACCAAACAACUUAUCUGCUCCCUGAAACUUUAAUUCCUAAUGGAAAUUCUCAGGACAGUUCAAUUCAGAAAGAUAGGGGAAAAAAAGGUGAAGUCUAUACUGUUGUAAGCUAACAGUGAGCAUUAACUGAAGUACUGGUAACCAGAGUACACCUACUAAAAUAAAUGAAAAAAUUGGUCAUCACAAUGCAAUCUGUUCAAUACUACAGUGAUCUUCCUUACUUUGUAACUUUUUUUUUAAGCAAAUAAAGGCCAUCCUUACACUUAAUGCAAAGAGCUGUCUCUGCUCCUUAUUUGAAAAGAAAGCACCACUGAUACUAUAGGGUACAAAGCAGUGCUAGGUCUUUUGCCUAAAUUCAAGGACUGUUGAAUAAAAUUAAAUUAAAAUACUACUUUGUUGCUAUUAGGGUGCUCUUUUCCAUGUUGAAAGUGCUAACAUCCCCUGAGUUUGAAAACCAGGUUCAUCUGUAUAUUAAGUUUUAUGUCAGUAUUUGGUAAGUUUCCAAGAAGUCAUACUAAAAAGUAAGGCAGUCACAAUAUAAACAAAUGUUUCAGUUUCUUCGGUCCCUGUUGACUCAGCCUGCUCAGCUGCAGGAGCCUGUGCCCUCUUUCUGCCUGUCAAUGGAGAGAAGAAAGAAGUGCUGCACAAUAAGAGCAGUGCUUGUUUGCAACAAAAUCCAGCCUCUUCUGAACCACAUCAAAGAGGUUCUUGUGGUCAGAAUCCUGCCAUGUCAUGAAUGCCUUCAUGGAAAUAAAAUAAUGUUUCGUUGUUCAUCUUACAGUUAUGCUUAAAGCUCCUGUCCUCAAGAGCA